AUGCCCCCAACAAGGACAAUUCCGCCAGCGAAAGCUGUGAAGACUGAGAGGACGCACGAGGAGAACCAAGAAAGAGCAUACAUUGCAGCAUCGCGGAGAAGCGAUCGCAGCCUCGAAGCGAGGGUUGAGUCUGCCAGAAGAGCUUCUGAGAUUCACAAGCGACGAACAGGAAGGUCGUUGCGAGUCACUGAGCAAGACGUCAUCAACGAAGAGAUGUAUGAAGAAGAAGACGACGACCUGCCGAUGCAAUACAGAAGACUCACAGCCCAUCUCCAGACAGGGUCGUCUGACUUCAAUCGGCGACUCGCAGCUUACUUGACUAAUCAAGUAGCUAUGAGGAACGCGGUAGAACAGAUGGCCAACAAUUCCUACAAUCAGCAGUACGGGCAACAGCAGAUGCCCUAUAAUCAAUCCCGACCAAACAUGUUCCAGCCGUCGAUACAGCAUCAGCAACAACCUGCGCCUCAGCAUCCUGCACCAUUGGGAGCCUAUCGGCAAGCACCCUAUCCUUCCCCUCAUCAUCCCGGGUUUCGACAGAACCAUGGUCGAGCAUACUCAUCUGCUGUAAUGCCUACGAGCAAAGCUCAAACUCCGCCAACUCCUGUGUCGAUGUCUCUUGAUCAUCGUCGUAUGUCGACGCCUUCGACAGUCCCGUCUGCAAUCGAUACUGGCGCUGUUAAAGCAGAUCCUGACUAUUUACGCCAGACACAGUCUGCAAUCAUUCCACAAACACAUUUCAACCCUUAUUGGCAAGAUAUGACACCGUUCACCACAUCUCUGCCUCCAGAAUCCCAGCAAAUGCUGGCUGGUGUUCCUGCGCUGAACAUGAACGACCAGUUUUCAGCAUCGUUGAUGCAUGGUUCCGAGCAAUACGUAGGCAGCCCAUAUUACCCGUGGGGCAACGACUUCAACCAUGGCAUGAAGCCAAUGCCAUAUCACCCUGCUGUCAGCCAGGGCAUGUCAGCAACAUUGGCACCUUCUGUAUUGGCCACGACGACAGAGCCCCAGGGAGCUGCGUCUGGUCGGAAGCAGCACCCAACAUUCGAAGGAAAUUUCCCGUCCUCGCAUCUAGAUCCUUUGGGCCUGGAUCACCUCAGCGUUCCAGGCAAGGAGGGCAUUAGUCCCUACAGUAUAGCAUCUGGCCAAAACACUCCUGGCGAGAGCUUUUGGAGCAACUUUGUGCAAGAUGGUGGUUGGACCGAUGAUGCCACAAUUGGUGCAUGA